GCCGCCGUGUCUGCAUUCGCCAUGCGUCCCCGGGCGCCAGGGCCACUGUGGCCGCUGCCCUGGGGGGCCCUGGCGUGGGCCGUGGGCUUCGUGGGCUCCGUGGGUUCGGGGGACCCCGCGCCCGGUGGUGUCUGCUGGCUCCAGCAGGGCCGAGAGGCCACCUGCAGCCUGGUGCUGAAGACGGAUGUGAGCCAGGCUGAGUGCUGUGCCUCUGGCAACAUCGACACUGCCUGGUCCAACUUCACGCACCCGGGGAACAAGAUCAGCCUCCUGGGCUUCCUAGGCCUCGUCCACUGCCUCCCCUGCAAAGAUUCGUGCGAGGGCGUGGAGUGCGGCCCUGGCAAGGCCUGCCGCAUGCUGGGGGGCCGUCCGCGCUGCGAGUGCGCGCCCGAUUGCACCGGGCUCCCGGCGCGCCUGCAGGUCUGCGGUUCUGACGGCGCCACCUACCGCGACGAGUGCGAGCUGCGCGCCGCGCGCUGUCGCGGCCACCCGGACCUGCGCGUGAUGUACCGGGGUCGCUGCCGCAAAUCUUGUGCCCACGUGGUUUGCCUGCGGCCACAGUCGUGUGUGGUGGACCAGACUGGCAGCGCGCACUGCGUGGUGUGUCGCGCGGCGCCCUGCCCCGCACCAUCCAGCCCCGGCCAGGAACUCUGUGGCAACAACAACGUCACCUACCUGUCCUCCUGCCAUCUCCGUCAGGCCACCUGCUUCCUGGGCCGCUCCAUCGGCGUGCGCCACCCGGGCAGCUGUGCAGGCACCCCCGAGCCGUUAGAUCCUGAGUCCGAGGAGGAGGAGGAGAACUUUGUGGUCCUGGCGGCAGAGACCCCAUCCCAGCAGGAGCGGCUGCAGGCCAUUGCAGAGAAGCGGCGGAGGCAGGCAGAGAUUGAGAACAGGCGCAGGCAGCUGGAGGACGACCGGAGGCAGCUGCAGCACCUGAAGUCCAAGGCACUGCGGGAACGCUGGCUGCUGGAGGGGACGCCGUCUUCGGCCUCGGAGGGGGAUGAGGACAUGAGGAGACAGAUGCAGGAGGACGAGCAGAAGGCGCGGCACCUGGAGGAGUCCAUCUCCAGGCUGGAGCAGGAGAUCGAGGAGCUGGAGAACACGGAUGUGCUGCCCACCGCCGCCGCCAGGGGGAGCGUGGCUACUCCAAGCCCCGCCCCGCGCCCCGCCCCGGAAGACCAGAGAGCCGAGGCCAUGCCCAACGCUCAGCAGACCCCGGUGGGCACGCCCAAAGAGAAGCAAAUCUCCAACACCCCUCUGAGGACAGUCGACGGCUCCACCAUGAUGAAGGCAGCCAUGUACUCGGUGGAGAUCACGGUGGAGAAGGACAAGGUGACGGGGGAGACCCGGGUGCUGUCCAGCACCACCGUGCUCCCCCGGGAGCUCCUCCCUCAGGGCAUCAAGGUCUACGAGGACGAGACCAAAGUGGUCCACGCCAUGGACGGCACGGCAGAGAAUGGGAUUCACCCGCUGAGUUCCUCAGAGGUGGACGAACUCAUCCACAAGGCGGACGAGGUCACGCUGAGCGAGGCGGGGUCAGUGGUUGGGGCAGUGGAAACCCGGGGGCCAUCAGAAGAGGCUGUCCGGACCACACCCUCCAGGCGGGAGAUCACUGGUGUUCAGGCCCAGCCUGGGGAGGCCGCCUCGGGCCCGCCCGGCAUCCAGCCCGGCCAGGAGCCCCCGGUCACCAUGAUCUUCAUGGGCUACCAGAAUGUGGAGGAUGAAGCCGAGACCCAGAAGGUGCUGGGUUUGCAGGACACCAUCACGGCAGAGCUGGUGGUCAUUGAGGAUGCAGCCGAGCCCAAGGAGCCUGCCCCGCCCAACGGCAGUGCAGCUGAGCCCCCCGCCACUGAGGGCUCCAGGGAAGAGAACCAGGUGGGGCCUGAGGCCCCCGCCGCCGAGCCCCAGGACCUCGACAUGAAGAAGCAGCGCUGUAAAUGCUGCUCCAUCAUGUGACCCGCCCGGCUCCCCCAGACCCUGGCCCUGCCCUCUGUACCAGACACCCACAGCCCGGCCCUCCCGGCGCCUGCCCACCCUCCACCCACAGUCACGGGCCCUGGACCUGCCGUGUCGUCACGUGUUCCUUCUGAGUUUUCUUUCACUGGAAAGAGAGGGACAGGGGUCCCCCAUCCCAUCACCACCCCCCACACACCCUUAACCACUGAGCCGUGCACCCAUACCUGGUAGGAGAGACACGGACACACCCGCUUCUCCCCAAACGAGGACCCCCCAUGUCGCGGCAGCUCCUGGCCGGUGUGACCCAGGGCCUCAACGCGGCCCCACGCCAGCCCACCUCCCUCUGGGCCUCCUGCCUGUGCCUUCCUGCCCCCUCCAAUGAGGUCCCUGAGGGGACAACCCCCCAGGAGAGGGACCCUGGGAGCCAGGGGUCCUGGGAGCCUGCCCUGUCCCCGCUCAGCCUCUGGCAGGGUUCCCAGGCCAAGGCGCCUGGUCAGGAUCUCAGGCAACUGAGGUGAGGCUGUGCCUCUCCAGGGAGCCCCGGCUCGAGGUCUUGGAAUGAACAUGAGCCCCUCUGGACACCCCCAGCCAAUGCGCCCCUCCCCUCAGUGCUCUCUGAGCACAGCCAGUGGGCGAUGGAACAUGGGAAGGGGGCGCCCUGGGGCCACGCCCCCGCACUCAGGCAGGGUGUGACCCCUGUGCUGUCUUCUGGCCGGGCUGGGCCAGGGGUCUUCGAGAUGCGUCCCACACAAGGCAGGGCCAUGCAAGCCCCAUCCGGAGCUCCCACUCCCACUGGGCCCCCCAUCCUCCUGGUGCUAAUUUGGGGACCCUAGGGGACUGCCCCUGGCCCCUUCUCCAGCCUGCUUGGACCAGGGUCCCGGGUCUCCCCUACCAUACCACAGAGAUUGGGCCCACCGCCAGCUCUGCUGGGCUUGGCGCAUUCCGGGCAGUGGAGGAGGGCACCCCGCUCACCUGGGACAGGGAGCUUCCCCUGGAUUGCAGCUGGAGGUCUCCAUUUGCUGCCCAGCCUGAUGUGCACCUGCCUCCCCCUCACUGGAAGGGGUGAGAGGCGGGGGGCUCCCCUCCUGGGGGUAGCUGACACCAAGAUGUACAGACACAUCUCCUUGGUUGCAGCCACACUCGUCCCCAGAGGCACAUUUGUGCACAUGCUCACAGGCCCUCUCAUGUGUGGGCUGCGGAUGACCAGGCCCCAUCUUGGCCCCUCCCCUAGGGGCCUGCAGCCUGGUGCCCAGGGCCCAGGCCCCUCCCCACCUCAGCAGGGUGGGUGCAGGGCCUGCUCUGGAUGGCAGCCUGGGUCCCCGUCUCAGCUCUGCCCCUGGGUGGCUGGGAUGAGAGGUCCUCUCUGAGGUGACCUGAGCAGUGGCCGUGGGACCCCCCUUCCUCCUCGAGUUCACCUGAGUCCUCGAGCUGCGAGCCUCCGCUAAAGUGCCCUUGCUGCCCCCCUAUGCUUUCGAUGUGUGACAAGGCCCCAUGUUCUUGACUUUCCCAGAGAAGCAAAUAAACAGUGUGAACAGCC